GAGCGCACAAUAGGAGCGACGAAUCAAAUACACGAAGCCUACAUCGCAGAAAAUGCUGCAGUUAUUCAAGAAGAUAAUGUCCAGGCUUGGCUAAUAAUGGAUAUGAUGUCGCGUAUGAUUCAAACCUGUGCGGAUAUUACUAGAUCAUUUGAUCGUCAAUUCAAAAACAUUACAUCGGAAACUUUUUGGUCUCAUUUGUUCAUAAGAGUUUGUCGAGAUCCUCAAAACUUAAGCGCAAGGGUGAACUACGAACAGUGCAUUCUAGAUAACGUCGAAAGAUUUAACCAAAUCCAACAGAGACAAGAUGAUGCAAAUGAGAAUCUGGACGAGCUUCCAGAACUAGAUAAUGUUCAAUAUGGCCUUUCAAGAACAUUUACAGCAACUACUGUCCUAAGUAAGUAUGUGUACCUAAACUUUGGAAAGCUAAGACUCAUUACUUUCGAAAAUGUAGAUGUUGGGAUGCAUUUGCUGAAUUUUAAAUUAUGGAUAAUUCGUGUUUUUGCGGCCUUUCUAAAUCAUCAUCAAGCUCGCGUUAACCAAAGAGUUGCAGUGAAGACGAUAGGUAAGUAGUUUCUAAUAUUUAUAUAAAAAGUUUUGUGUAUUCUUGUUAGUUUUUAAUGAACCUAUACGUUAUAGCUAAAAUAGCCGCUACGGGAGUUGUCCAGCAUCGGUCUUUUGAAAAUGUGAACAUUACU